CAAAGAUGGAUCAAAAAGUCAAUGAAUAUACAAAGUUUUCCAAACAACAAACAAAAUUACAAACACGUGGAUAUCACGUGCAAGUCAAAAGCUGGACCAACACCACCAAAACCAUAACACGCAUUAAUUUCCACAUCAUCUUCAUCACAUACACCGCCAUAUAUUCACCACCAUAACCAUAACCACCUCCUCCGCCACCAAUGGCUACCGUACCUCCUCCACCACCACCGCAAUUCUUCUUCGUAUCCACUCCAACCACCACAAACACCGCCAUUCCUCAACCUUACAACAAUGGCCUUCCUGCAUCAAACCCUCACCAUUCAUCUUCUUCAUCUCCAACAACUGCAGCUAUCAUCGUCAUGAUUAUUAUCUCCUCAACUAUAAUAAUUACCGCCACAAUCUACCUCCUCAUCCGCUUCUUCCGUACGACGGUUAUUACCUCCUCCUCCGGCGUCGUUUUAAGCAACACGAACGAUAACGAUAACGAUAACGAGCACGUGCAUCAUCACGUGAUAUCUGUAACUAACAGCGGAAACGAAUUCGAAUCCUUAUCGCUACCGUUAUUCACAUUUUCGUCACUCACUGGAAAAAUCAACGGCGGAGAUUGCGCAGUCUGUUUAUCGAAAUUUGACGGUGAAGAUCAGCUUCGUUUGCUUCCGUUAUGCUGUCACGCGUUUCACGCACAAUGUAUUGACUCGUGGCUUAAAUCUAACCUAACGUGUCCUCUCUGCCGCUCGACUGUAAACCCUAGCGAAGCCGAUAUUCUGAACAAAAUCGCCGCCGACACCGGCGGCGGACGCGGCGGAACCGGAACCAGGAGUAGUAGUUUUCGAAUCGAGAUCGGAACAGUUAGUCAGCGGCGAGAUCCAGCUGAAUCUGACCGGAGAUCGUAUUCAGUAGGUUCGUUUGAGUAUAUUAUCGACGACGGUUACGAAAUUCCAGUCGAAUCGACGCAUCGGAACGCUGCUUCAGAUUCUACGUCGGUUGAUAAGGAUUUAACUUCUCCGGUGGCGGAGACUGCCGUGAACAGCGGCGGUGAGAGUGGACGGAGGAAUUGGUUGCGUGAGUACGUGGAUCGUUUAUCGGUUUCUCUUUCUUCACGUUCGCUAUCGUUUCGAAGUUCUGGAAGGUUCUUCACCGGAAGUAGUCGCCGGAGUGAGACGGUUGUUGAUGAUUAUGAAGCAACUCAUGGUAGAAUUGGGGAAGAGAUCAGUGAGUAUUUUCGGUGGCUUACAGGGGUAUAAGUGUAAAUUGGUGGUAAUAUUUUUUACAGUCAUUUAUGGAGAUGGUAUGUUUUGGAAUAUCCACUUUCGGAAGUCGUUUUGCGUGAGUGGAUUUUGCAAAAUAAAAUCUAUAUUUUGUUUUUAGUAAGAAGAAUGUUUUAUGUUUUUUUUAUGUAUAUAGUAUACAAGUUUUAGUGCAUGAGGUGCAUGCUAGUAUAGCACGAGGUUAUUGAGUAAUGAGUUUUGUCAUUCGUUAUGUGGAAUUUGGAAGAUAUUGUAUUUGUUUGGAUUGUUUUAAGGUUGGUGUAAGUA